AUGGACGCGCUUUUCGUCCCCAUCGCGGAUGCCACAGGUGCUUCAGUCGACCAGAUCAAACUCAUCUCAUGCCUUCUCUUUUCCUAUCCCCUUGGCAGUCUCUACAUCCGCAUUCCAGCCUCGCAUCCUGAACUCAAGCAUAUAUUCAGCAUAUUCAUCUCCUUCUUCUACCUCAUCCCUGUCCUAUGGCUCUGGGGCGGAGCGCUCCAACUCCUAGCAAGUGUUGUGGGCACGUAUUACAUUGUCAAAAAGAACCAGUCCAAGUCGAUGCCCUGGCUCGUGUUUGCGUUGACUAUGGCCCAUCUCACCGUGACGCACAUCAUUCGCAUGAGUGACGACUCCGUCUACGACCGCGUCGAGAUCUCGGGGCCGCAAAUGGUUCUCACUAUGAAACUCACAACCUAUGCGUGGAACGUCUUCGAUGGGAGGCGACCUGCUGAGGAGCAAGACAAGUGGCAAACCGCUCAGCGCAUCGUCGACUACCCGUCUUUGUUGGAGUUCCUGGGGUUCACAUUCUACUUUCCUGGAUUCCUCGUUGGGCCUUACCUUACCUACAAUGAGUACCAAGCUCUCGUCACUGGGUCUCUUUACAAAGAAGCCGAGAACCACGAACUGCAGAUUUUGGACGAGGCCCACCAUCUCUCUCAACGUCUGGUACCCCACGGUCGCAAGCGAGUUGCUUACAGGAAGAUGUUCACCGGUCUUCUCUUCCUCGGACUCUUCGUUCUAUUCUACCCGGAGUUUAACUACUCGUAUCUCGUGACCGACGGCUUUGAGGCCAGACGUACGCUCUCUCGCCUGCUCUUCCUGCAAGUUUGUGGCUUCUUUGAGCGCACCAAGUACUAUGCUGUAUGGACGCUGACGGAGGGUGCAGCGAUCCAGACCGGCCUGGGAUUCACCGGGUACUCAGAAAGCGGGCGCACCAAAUGGGAGGGAGCUGCCAAUGUCAACGUCUGGAAUAUCGAGCUCGCGGAGAACCUGAAGGUGCUUCUCGACUCCUGGAAUAUGAAGACCAACGUCUGGCUGCGGGAGUGUGUAUACAAGCGUGUUACGCCUCAAGGCAAGAAGCCUGGGUUCAGGAGCAGCAUUGCGACCUUUGCGACCAGUGCUUUCUGGCACGGCCUUGCCCCGGGCUAUUACCUUUCGUUCAUCUUCUUCGCCUUCGUCCAGACGUGCGGUCGCCUCGCCCGUACCUACAUCCGUCCACUCCUGCUUCCUGCCACCUACGUCUCCGCCCGUGGCGCGCCGCCUCCUCCGCAGACACACAAGAAACAGAUGUACGACACCCUCGGGAUGCUCAUCACCGUCACCCUCACCAACUACGGCACCCUCCCCUUCAUGCUCCUCGCCAUCGACGACUCCAUGGUUGCGUGGAACAGCGUGUACUGGUACGGGCACUUCCUCAUCGGCGCCGCCCUCCUUUUCUUCUACUCGGGCGGCACCGUGUUGCUCGCGCAGCUCCAGGCAGUCCGUGUCAAGCGCUCCGCGUUCCAGGUCGAGCGCGACGAGAUUAACCGUGCUGUCAAGGGUGGGCCACCGGGGACCCCUGGGCGCAUUCCGACGCUGCCACCGCUCGACGAGGCCGCGCAGGAGAUUGAAAAGGAACUUGGGAAGUUGGUGAAGUGA